GCGAGAGGAGAGUUCCUACAGCACACAGCGGCGUUUGAUUCCUUAUCAUUUGAGGUCAGAUUUAGAGAGUAUCUGGUUUUGUUUGCUGUACAGCUAGUUGCAGUUCAUUGACAUUUGUUUUCUCCAUAUUUAUAUACAAAAACAAUUCUUAGUUUGUUAACCUUCGUUUUUCAGCGAGGGUGCCUGUUUCUCUGGCAACAAUGACCUCUCUAUCGAUGCUUUUGGUCGCCGCAUCGGUCGCCUCAAUAUUUGCUGAAUCUACUGUAUAUUUUCGUGAACAAUUUGAAGAUGGGGAUGCCUGGAAGAGUCGCUGGUUGGAAUCCAAACACAAGUCGGACUACGGGAACCUUAUCCUGAGCGCCGGGAAGUUCUAUGGCGAUGCCGACAAAGAUAAAGGACUCCAGACCAGCCAGGAUGCCCGAUUCUACUCGUCCUCCGCCCGCUUUGACACCUUCAGCAACAAGGACCAGCCCCUGGUCAUCCAGUUCACUGUCAAACACGAGCAGAGCAUUGACUGCGGGGGUGGCUACAUCAAACUGUUCCCCGGUGAGCUGGACCAGGAAGACAUGCAUGGGGACUCCACCUACAACAUCAUGUUCGGUCCUGACAUCUGUGGGCCGGGCACCAAGAAGGUUCACGUGAUCUUUAACUACAAAGGCAAGAACCACCUGAUUAACAAAGACAUCAGGUGCAAGGACGAUGAGUACACUCACCUAUACACGUUGGUGGUGAACCCUGACAACACGUACGAGGUGAAGAUCGACAACAAGAAGGUGGAGUCUGGCUCUCUGGAGGAGGACUGGGACCUCCUGCCCCAGAAGAAGAUCAAGGACCCCGAUGCCACCAAGCCCUCAGACUGGGACGAUAGAGAGAGGAUCGACGACCCCGAGGACACAAAGCCCGAGGACUGGGACAAGGCUGAGAACAUCCCGGACCCUGAUGCCAAGAAGCCGGAGGACUGGGACGAGGAGAUGGACGGCGAGUGGGAGCCGCCCAUGAUCUCCAACCCCGACUACAAGGGAGAAUGGAAGCCCAAACAAAUGGACAACCCCGCCUUCAAAGGGAAGUGGGUCCACCCAGAGAUAGACAACCCAGAGUACACAGCGGACGCGGAGAUUUACAAAUAUGACAGCAUUGGUGUGCUCGGCCUGGAUCUGUGGCAGGUGAAGUCAGGCACCAUCUUUGACAACUUCCUCAUCACCAACGACCCUCAGCUGGCGGAGGAGGUGGGAAACGAAACCUGGGGGUCAACUAAGGACUCGGAGAAGAACAUGAAGGAGAGCCAGGACGAGGAGGAGCGGAAGAAACGCGACGACGAGGAGAAGACCAGAAAGGAGGAGGUGAAGGAGGAAGACGAGGAGGAGGAAGAAAAGGAGGAGGAUGAGGAAGACGAGGAGGAGGAGGAAGAUGAGGAGCAGGAAGAGGAGGAGGAGGAGGAAGAUACAGACUCUAAACUCAAGGAUGAGUUAUAAACUUCAAGUUGGAUGGGACAUAUUGAGAAGGAGCCUUUGUGUCUCCUAAGAGCAAGUAGAACAAGAUGGAGACGGGAUUGGCUGGACUUUUCCUUCAUGAUAGAAGCUGACCAUUAGCAUGUAGUGAAGCUGUCUAUGUGGGGCAGGGUAGGGGGGGGGGGGGGGUUUGGUUUUGGUUUACACGAGUCAGGUGGGCUAGAACGAUGACUACAGACUACAGUACUAGUUUGAUCCGUUUUCAUGUGCGAUUAUCAAACUACGGGAAUUCUGUUCAUGUUUUUGGUUAAGAGGUACAGUUUUGUUUCUAAACUGAAGUGUCAUCGCUGAUCAAACUGCAAAGUUACUGACUGAGCAUCUUCCUCAUUCACUUGUACCUCAUCUUGUGUUCGUUGUGUGUCUGCUUAUUUUGUGACAGUUGGAUGUGAGGGUUGUCUACUCCACUUCCCUCCAGACACCUAAGUAUCUCUUGAUAUGUUAAAUAAACACAAUCCAUUUAGCUUUGCCGAUACAAAAAUGGGGCUAUGGCUAUUUUCCUAUGCCUAUCCAAAUGUAAUAUCUAAUGUGUAUGGCAAAAGAAUUAGGAGAGUUUUCUGGUCUUUCCUGUCAUGAUCUGUCUCAUAAUAUGCUGACUCCUCAUUUAAUAGACUUCACCUCACUUACCUCCAUUGUGCUUUAUAAUCUAACAUAUGUCUCCUUUCUUGAAAAUCCACGUUUUCUGUGUUAUAAAAGCACCAGUCAAUCUCACUUUUGGAUACUGAGAUCUAAGAUACUUGGAGGUAAAGACCCCAGCUGUAGAUAUACUCAUGUUGUUUGUUGUGAAGUCCUGCUGUGUUGACAGGAUCAAUUAACCUGCUUUCUCUGAUCACAAAUGACAUCGUUUCUGCACUGCUGUACCCUGAAGGCCUGCCCAAAACUCACCACAGGAAGCUGGUCCUUUUCAAAGAUCUGUUUUGUACUCUGCAAUGUACUGAAUGAGAAAGGAUGUUAUUGUUUUGUGUGUGGACAAGAUGUGUCAUAACAUGGUUUACUGUCCAAUUAAAAUCAAGAAAGGAAA